GAGAGUCGAGGUAGUCAACCAAUUGAGUUACUAAGAUUUGGUUUGAUAUUUGAUUUGUGUUCUUGCUCGAGCUCAGAUUCUUAUAUCAAUCAAAGUGCUUAUUCAAUGCCUUAGCGGCUGGUAUUAUCCGAUUUCUGUAAGCAUGAUUUUGAUGAAGUAGCUAUGUCAGCUGGUGUAGAAGGUUGGCUUGUGUAUGUGUUUCUUUGUCUGUCUUGUUGCGGUGUGCGAUUUUUUAGAAUACUUUGUGGAGGACUUUUUGAUUUUUACUUCGUACUCUUGUGGUUUAUUGAAGCACUUUGGAUUUCUUGGUAAAAUUUGAUCUUUAAUUCAUCUUGGCGACUGGUAUCAUUAGAUUUGUAGAUGAAUUGGCUAUUCCAGCUUCUGUAAAGAAAUUCUACUUAAAAAGAUUGUCUUGGAGCCCCCCAGGUCUUUGUCUAGUGGUAAGAUUGCUUCUUGUGAUGUGUGGAUUAGGUGCAUAUCACGGGUUUGAACCUUGGUAUAGAGGGGUGAGUCCAUUAUCCUCCUUGUUUCGAAUUGUGUAACACUCCCUUGGGGAUUUCUCAGUUAUAAUUUUUUUUUUGCCUAUUUGCAGUGUCUUGUUACCAUGUGUGCUUUUUUAGAACACUCCAGGUUCCUUGGUUGUGUGUGAUCAUUGGUUUGUACUUUGUACUCUUGCUGGAAUGCUGAUGUCAAAUGAUUAAUUUUGCUUAUAGGAUGUACGCUAACUAAAUUGUUUCUUUGGAGUCUAUUUUUGCCACUGAGAUUGAUUUGUGGAAUCAAAUCAUUCCUCCACGGCCUGAUAGAUCUUUAUGUUUACAUCAAAUAGGUGCUUGAGCUUCUGUAAUGAAGUAUUCUGAAAAAUUGGCAUGCAAUUAAAUUUCCUUUAGUGUCUUGAUAUGGGGUAAAAAUAUCUGUAAAGAACCCUCUGUUGGUUUCUAGGUGCUAUCUGAUCUCUCAUACAUACACACUAACACCCAUUCUUUUUAAUCACCGGUUAUCAAGUUGAAGAAAGCAAAUCAGUAUAUAUACAUUCAAAAUGUGUACUUGUGUGAAUGUUAUAGGACAUAACUUGUCAGUUGUCAUCAUUUGAGAAAUACUUCUUGCUAGAAGCCUGGAAUUGGAAUCACCGAGUGUGUGACUCGCCUGAAAAGGAAUUGAGUUUCAUACAAGGCUAUGAGUGAUGGUACAUACAGAGGGGCUUAUGUACCUAAGUCUUUGAUCCUCAUCAAAUUCUCUAAUGGUGCGAAAGGCACAUUCCCUUUUCAAUGGGAGGAUGUUUUUGUGAUGUUCUUUAAAGAAGAGUAAGUGGAUAUCCACUGUUGUGGGAGAGUAGAAAAGAAUGAGGGAGGAGGGGUCCGUGGACUUUCAGGAGAAUUACUAGUUUCGCACUUCAGUUGAGGUGAUUUAAUGCUGUCUAUAAGAGUAUACACCUAAGAAGCUGGAUUGGUGACAGACAACUCUUUGAUGUCUCUAUUUGUUUUGCCAAAUCUUUUGUUUUUUGGUGGGAUGGUAACUGGAUUUUGUGCAUGCAAAUGAAUAAGAUUAUACAUACUCAAGCUGGUUAUUUGGGAUACUUUGCAAGUUAAUGCACAUUGUGUUAAAACAACGACAUGGAAUAAAGGUUAAGUGAUUGCAGCUAAAAGAGCUGUCCCAUUCAAGUUUCAACUUGCUAAAAGUUUAGAAAAUCACAAGUUACGAGAUGGUCAGAGCGUAUUCACAAGAGCACACAUAUAAGCACCCAUGGGAAAGAGUAACUUCUGCAUCCUGGCGCAAGUUUGCUGAUCCUGAGAACAAGCGCAUUCUAUCGCAUAUCCUCGAAGUUGACACAUUGAGCCACAAGCUUGAUUCCAGCUCAGGGAAGCUUUAUACGACUCGUGCCAUAACUAUUCAUGCACCAGGACCAUGGUUCCUCCGCAAAAUCAUUCGUCAAGACAUCUGCCACUGUGUAGAAUCAACUGUUGUUGAUGCCCAAUCUCGGUCCAUGCAGCUCUCCACUCGAAACAUUAGUCUGGAGAAGUACAUAGAAGUGGAAGAGAAAAUCAGAUAUGACCCUCAUCCAGAUAAUCCAAAGUUAUGGACCGUCUGCAAGCAGGAAACGAGUAUCAGGAUUAAGCCCUUAUCAGCACUGGCUUCAAUGGCAGAGAAAAUUGAACAGAAAUGUGUGGACAAGUUUCAGGCAAACAGCGCAAAGGGAAGAGAAGUAAUGGAACGAAUGUGCAAGUACCUUGAAGCUGAAUCCAGAGGCAUUUCAGCAUGAUUUAGCAUUUGAACUAUACAUUAGGUUCCUUCAACGCUACCAUCCGGCCCCUCCUUUAAACGUGAGAGGUGAGUUUACGUUGAGCACUUGGUUGGCAGAUCGAAUGUCAUCGUAUGGAGAAGAGGACAUCGUUCUUUCUGAACUUUUUGUAAGCUACAGUAGAUGCAAUAACUAAGUUGUCCUAGAUCUUCUUUGUGAGGAAAUUUUACUUUAAAAAAAAUACUUUACCCUUGCAGUUCACAAAUGAACUUACUUUUGCUGAUGUGAAUAUAAGCCUUGUUGAAGAUACUAUCUGUUCGUCGUUGA